UUAAUCAGCUGACGGCGGGGCUGAUUAGGCGGUUCUUAGGAGGAACAUCUUCAGUCCUCUGCUCGGUGUCUGUGUGGAGUGUCCUCUUGUUGAUGAACAUGAAGCUCUCUGGACUUAUUGCUGUGUUUUUACUCCUCUGUGUUGAACGGAGGAGCUCCGGGAUGUCUCAUCCUAAACCGUCCUGCAGUUACCCUCCGUCUCAGUGGUGUCGGUCCUUGGAGAUAGCAAUAGCCUGCAAGGUUCAGAAGCAAUGUAUGGAGGUGAACGCUACCAGACCAAACCAAUCUGUUCCUCCAGUGUCCAUCACUCUGUACUAUGAGAGUCUGUGUCCAGCAUGCAGAUCCUUCAUCACACAGCAACUCUUCCCCACCUGGACCAUGCUGCAGGACAUAAUGACCGUCACUCUGGUGCCCUAUGGGAAUGCAAAGGAGAUCCAGUCUGCUAACUCUCCCUUCAGCUGUCAGCAUGGGGAGCCUGAGUGCAGAGGAAACAUGAUUGAGGCCUGCAUCAUCCACUUAACCAGUCACUCAGCAUUUCAGAUCAUCAACUGCAUGGAGUCAUCUGCAGAUGUUGUCAGUGCUGCCCGCCCUUGUGUGCAGCUGUACGCUCCCUCUGUCUCCUGGUCCAGUGUUAACUCGUGUGUGAAGGGACUCAUGGGAAACCAGCUGAUGCACGCCAACGCCGCCAUGACCAGAGCUCUGAGUCCCCCACACACGCAUGUCCCCUGGGUCACCUUCAACGGGGAAUACUCUGAAGAGAAUGAAGUUCAGGCGAUGUCUUCACUUUUCCAUCUGGUUUGCCAGCUCUACAAGGGAGUGAAGCCUCCAGUGUGCACAGGAGCCACGGUCAGACUGAACAGAGGCUUCUGCUGAAGACAAACAGAACUUUAAAAUGUUUACUGUCUGCCGACUGUUACACACGUCAUAAAUGAAAUCACACCUUCAAAUAUAACUAACUUGCUUUUCUGUA